AUGACGGUUCUGAGCCAGAUCGUGGACGCUACCCCCGAAUGGGCCAAGACUGCCCUUGUAGUCGUUGGUGCCCUCACGGUCUACUUCAAGCUCUUUGGCUUUCUUCGCCUGCUGCUCAGCGCAUUCGUCCUCCCGGGAGCCAACCUCAGCAAGUAUGGAAAGAAGGGCACCUGGGCUGUUGUCACUGGAGCUUCGGACGGCCUUGGCAAGGAGUACGCAACACAGCUCGCCUCGAAGGGCUUCAACCUCGUCCUGGUCUCCCGAACUCUCUCCAAGCUCCAAGACCUCGCCCGCGAGCUCGAGGCCAAGUAUCCCGGCCUUGAGACAAAGGUGCUCGACAUGGACUUUGCGGCCGAUAGCGACAAAGACUACGCCCGCCUCUCCCAGACCAUCAACGGCCUCGACAUUGGCAUCCUGAUCAACAACGUCGGCCAGAGCCACAGCAUCCCAGUUCCCUUUGUCGAGACCGAUCGCAAGGAGCUUGAGAACAUUGUCACAAUCAACUGCCUGGGAACGCUCAAGGUCACACAGGCUGUCGCGCCUGGCAUGAAGGAGCGCAAGCGUGGUCUCAUUCUCACCAUGGGCAGUUUUGGCGGCUGGAUGCCCUCUCCGUACCUGGCCACUUACUCGGGCAGCAAGGCAUUCCUCCAGCAGUGGUCUGCCGCCCUCGCUGCGGAGCUUCGCCGCGACAAGGUCGACGUGCAGCUGUGCCUCAGCUACUUGGUUGUGUCGGCCAUGAGCAAGGUCCGCAAGCCAAACCUGUUGAUCCCUGGCCCCAAGGCCUUCGUUCGUUCUGCGCUCGGAAAGAUUGGCACCGGCGAUUGGCAGCAAACCGCCUCGACCUACACUCCUUACUGGAGCCACGCCAUAAUGGCAUGGUUUAUCGAGAACACCGUGGGCACUGGCUCGUCGAUCGGCAUUGAGCAGAACCUCAAGAUGCACAUCGAUAUUCGCAAGCGGGCCCUCAAGAAGGCUGCUCGUGAGGCUGCGAAGCAGGAGUAA